AUGGCUGCCACCGAGCAGACGGCUGCGCUUCGAACGUACCGUGGCAAUUGCCAUUGCGGCGCGUUCGUGUAUGAGGCCGAGCUGCCGGAGAUCAAGUCAGGGUUCCAGUGCAACUGCAGCAUCUGUGACAAAAAGGGCUACCUGUGGGCGUUUCCGGGCGAGGGCAAGUUCACCAUCGUCAAGGGGACGGACGAUAGCUUGACGGAAUACCAGUUCGGACCAAAGAAGCUGACGCACAAGUUCUGCCCGACAUGUGCCACGCCGGUCAUGGGCCAGUUUCGUGAUGGUCCACCAGGCAAGCAGCGUGCUCUCAAUGUUGGUCCACCCCGAGUUGCCAACUUCCGAAGGGGAAGCAGAAUCGAAAGGAAUGCUAAUCGGUUCCUUUGCAAGAUCCGCUCGAUCCAAGGCAUCAGCACCUGGGAUCUCGAGAGGGUUCCCUUUGACGGGUCCGCCCUUGGGGACAAGUACGUGGAGCCCGAGUACAAGGGAAGCCUUCCGGCGCAGGUGGAGGGCUGCAAGCUGUACACCGGAAGCUGCCACUGCGGUGCCGUCGGCCUGGCUUUGAUGAGCAAGCCGCUGGACGAAACGUACGACGACCGCCUGGUCGAGUGCAACUGCAGCAUCUGCGAGAGGAAUGCAUACGUCUGGGCGUAUCCCAAGGUCGAGCAAGUCGUUCUCUUCGCCAGCGACCCGUCCAACAUUGGGCGUUAUAGCUUCGGCAAGCGAACGGCCAACAAGACAUUCUGCACCAAGUGCGGGGUGCCCAUGACCAGCGAGCGCAUUACCCAGCCUGGGGAGCAGCCGACGCACCAUCCGGUGAAUCUGCGUGUCUUCCCGACCGUGGACCUGACAAAGCUGAAGCCGACGAGGAGCCCCGGCAGGACCUCACUCCUUCCACUCUACGUGGACCCUUGA